GACGUCACGGUGACGGUGCUCAGCUGAACCCGGAAGAGAGAGAGAGCUCGAGCGCAGACUCAUAAACAAACUCAUCGAGCGGAGAAACACCUUAUAAUCCACCAAUCUUUAUAAAAGCCCAGAGACAACAUCAACAUGGACGACACACUCUUUCAGCUGAAGUUCACCUCUAAACAGCUGGAGCGACUGGCGAAGAAGGCGGAGAAAGACUCGAAAACCGAGCAAGCCAAAGUCAAGAAGGCUCUCCAGCAGAAGAACGUGGAGUGUGCGCGAGUGUACGCGGAGAACGCGAUCCGCAAGAAGAACGAGGGCCUGAACUGGCUGAGGAUGGCGUCUCGAGUCGAUGCCGUGGCCUCCAAAGUUCAGACCGCCGUGACCAUGAAGGGGGUGGCGAAGAACAUGUCUCAGGUCACUAAAGCGCUGGAUAAGGCUCUGAACUCCAUGGACCUGCAGAAGGUGUCGGCCGUCAUGGACAAGUUCGAGACGCAGGUCCAGAAUCUGGACGUACACACCUCGGUGAUGGAGGACUCGAUGAGCUCGGCCACCACCCUCACCACCCCCCAGCAGCAGGUGGACGACCUGAUCCUGCAGGUGGCGGAGGAGAGCGGGCUGGAGGUGGAGGACCAGCUGAGUCAGCUUCCAGCCGGAGCCUCGGCGCUGGGGGAGACGUCUGUGCGCGCGCAGGAGCGGGAGGACCAGCUGUCCCGACGGUUGGCGGCUCUACGCAACUGACGAUCACAGAUUUUGCUGGAGGACUUUAUCAAAGGCUGAUUUUUAUAACACACACACACACACACACACUGAAUGAUGAACAGGAGCACUGUCUCUCCUCCGGCUCUUUCUUCUCCUGUCUCUCUGGCCGGUGACCCGGGCCGGUCCCCUCUCUCCUCUGGGUGACCCGGAUCUGCCGUCUGCUGGCUUUCACUGAGUUAGACAGGCAUAUUUAUUUAUAGCCCAUAUGCUCAUAGGAUUAUUGAUCAUAACUUUAUUUUCUCAUGCCUUACGUACAGUACGUGCUUCUCGCGUUCAGUGCCUCCGUCAGCUCAUACACACACACACACUAUCGUACUGGAUCACCUGUCUGUAAGGCGCGGUGUGUUUCUUCUGAGUCAUUUCUGUUUCUCAUCAUGUCGAUAAAGGCGUUGUCCAUCCGAGCACACACACACACACACACACACUGUUCCAGUGCCGUGGGUAACCAGCACCGGGCCAAACGAGCGGUUCCCUGCUGAGUCCGAGCACUGUCCCGAGGGAUGAGCUGGGCCGUGUCAGAGGAACAUAUGACAUAAAGUGGUCAUUCACGCGGUCAAUUUGUCAGAAGUGUGUUUUCCAGUACACACACAUGCUUUAUUACAGUUACUGUAUGUUUCAGUGGAUGCAAAUGCAUAAUAAACUUUUCUGAUCUUUCUUGUCUGAA